ACCUAGACGGACUACGAGACUCAAGGCGACUAUAAAACGGCUUUCUUGCCCAUUGUGUUGAUGCAGACAAGAAAUAUACCGUCACGUACAAUAAGAGACGGAGAUGGAGGAGUGAGGCGGGACCGGUUCGCGUGGCUCUUAAGAAACGUUUGUCUUGCAAGGAAACUUUGUGGAAAGAGCGCAGAGAGAUUUAUUUGUGCCGGUGACAUCCCUCUAAAACUAACUCUUGUGUUUGAGACGCGGCACAUCUAUUAUUUUAAUGCUCAGGAAACUGCAAUUGACAAAUUAGUCUAGUAAGUCGUACAUCCCUCCUAAAGACGUAGAAUUUUUAAAUAAGCGGGACAGUAUUUCGCUGACUGUAUUCACGGCUGAAAUGGGAGCGUGUGACGGGCGCGCCGUGUCCUCGGUGUACCGGAGAUCUUUCCUCUCGUGGACGCCGCUGGUGCUGGUCCUGUGGCUGACGUGCGUUCAGGGGACGUGGGGACCCGGAGCUUUCAAGUACCAGAUACUACACAAAGACACGUCGAAAAGGAACUGGUGUCCGCAAACGGUCUCAAAGACAGUGACGUGUCAGGUGCAGAAUGGAACCACUCUUCAGAGAGUCUACCAGACCUGCAGGUGGCCUCAGGGAUGCAACGGGGGAAGCUACCGCACUGUGGUUCGUCCAUCCUAUAAAGUUGUUUACCGCACCGUCACCUCUCUGGAGUGGAAAUGUUGUCCUGGAUACAGCGGAUCUCAGUGUGAGGAAGGGUCUUCAAGUAACCUGGUUGCUCAGGAAGCGGUACGGAAACAUGCCUUAGUUCUGAAACCUGUUGGGAGAACAUCAGAGCACCUCUCUAACUGUCUGAACUGCAGUCGUAUCACCGCCCUUACAGAUCGUGUCAGCUCUCUGGAGGCAAAGGUUCAGGUUCUUACUGCCCCUGCCUCAACCUCUGAUAAAAACACACAGAUCAAAAAUGAAGCGGAUUCCUUGUCCCUUAUGGGAGCAGUACCUGCCAAAGGCGCACCUGGGGCUCAAGGUCCCGCAGGUCCUCAGGGUGAGAAAGGCAAGGAUGGGAUAACUGGGAAAGAUGGUAAACAAGGAUCUCGAGGUCUACCAGGGCCAAAAGGUGAAGCGGGUUCCAGAGGUCCAUCUGGGGCUCCAGGGGGUAAAGGAACAACAGGUCCUUCAGGUCCGCAGGGACCACAGGGCCUCCCAGGAGAGAGAGGCCUUCCUGGGCCACCCGGCCCUCCCGGACCCCCCGGACCAACAGCCUCUGUACCAGAACAAGAUUCUGGCCUGAAAAAGGAAAGUCUUCUUCAUAACAACUUCCCUGACCUCCGAGUCACCCCACCACACGGCCCACCAGGUCCACCUGGACCAACAGGACCUCCAGGACCAAUGGGACCCACUGGACCAUCAGGAACUGUCGGACAGACUGGAAAGCCCGGAGCUUCUGGCUUGCAAGGCCCAGUGGGUCCAAAGGGAGAACGGGGAGAGAGAGGACCUCUUGGAUAUCCAGGAGAGAGAGGGUUUAAAGGGGAGCCGGGAGGACCAGGACCUAAAGGAGAGCCAGGGGAGAAAGGUCUUCCGGACUUAAAUUUGAAGAAGUUCCAAGACUUGCAGGCUGACUUAGAGCUGCUGGCUCGCAGGGUGCAGCUGCUGGAGGCGAUCAUCUGGCCAGAACCAGAUCUAGGGUCAGGAGAUGGUCUAUUUGGCACACCGUCUCCGGACAUCUAUCGGAUUAAAAGGGCCAGGAUGUCAUCCUUCCGGGUCAACUCGCCCUUAAUCACUGCUGAGGCCAAGAUUCGAGGGAAGUAGUCUUCAUAUUUCAAAGAGUGAAGCCAUUGUUUCCAUCUUGAUUCCAUCCAUCCGCCCAUCAGCUGAACCGGCAACAUCUACACACGUCCCCUCAGACACACGUUGUACAGAUCCAAUAACCAUCUGUGAUAACUGCUUUGGAAUAUUCCAGUUCAUCAGGAAGGGGAGACACCUCAGGGAAGACCAAAUGGUGCUGUAUAAAUAAACCACAUCGAAUGGGAAUCCAUAGAUUCCUAGCACCUCUCCUCUGGCAGAUUAUGCGCACAAUGAUUUGCCUUUGUUACGUGACAACCAAACGAACAGAACCAGUCUCAGAAGAAAUUCUUCAAACUUACAUGAAAUGAAAACACGUUUUGAAAUAUACUAUUUAUAUAGAAACAGUAUUGGUGCUUGUACAAUUGUUUUCAAAACUGCAUAGCAAGAAGGGUAGAAAACCUGAUGGAAUUUGUGAUGAAGAUGAUGGUCUUAGGGAGAGCAUCAAACCGUAUUAUUAUCUUUCUAGCUGCUGUUAAGAGCUCAUCAAUAUUAACUUUGGCAAAUGUACUGUAUUAGGAAAAUGCACAUAUUCACGACACAAAAAGAUUCCACUACUCAGCCAAACACUUUCCCUAGUGAUGAUAAAAACAUAGGAUAUUCUCUUCUGGACAUUAAAUGCACUAUGUAGAUAAAAAACACAAAGGGGAAGGACAAUUUGAAGAUCAUAAAGGUCCAAAUUCAACAUUUGUCAUCUUAAGGUAUACAAAUUAUAAUGGAAUGGAUAUGAGUUUUCUUCCCCACUCCCUAUAUACAUUUUAGAUAGAUUUGAGUAUAAACACCAUCUUGUGUGUCAAGGCUUACUUUUGAAUCAUGGAUUUAAAUGUUUUAAUUGUCAUAGUGUAAUUUCUAAUUCAGGGAAAAUAUUAAGAUUAUAAUACAUGAGUAUGCAAUUAUCCCUCUCCAAAACAAAUGUGCACUUCUGGGAGUUUUCUCAAAACCAGACAGAAUCCAACUGGAGCAGUAGGAAAGCUAAACAUAUAACUUGAAUUCUGUUUUUGUGUUUCAUGCAUGUCUUUCCAUCAGUCACAUGCAUAGGACUGGUUUCCUUCCUGAAGAAUUUCCCUGACUGUCUUUGUAUUCCUAUAUAAAUGUUGUAUUAAUUAUUUAUAGAUGAUUUUUAGCAGUUGAUGUUUUCCUAUACUGAUUCAUGUAACGUCACUUGUAUUUUUUCAUUUCUAGCCUCUUUCCAAACUCUGAUUUUGUCUUGCAAGUGUGCAGUCUUACCGGUUGGUGUUAAAACAAAAUAAACUUUGUUGAGUGUUUCUUUUUUAA